AUGUCUUCCGCAGGGGUCCCUCGACGUGCUCAUCACCUUCUCAAGACGGACUUAUUCUUACGAAACACCUUCUACACCGACCUCAAUGACCGAGCCCUCGUAUCCUAUGAGAAAGCGAAGGCGAUCGGGCUUUCAUUUGACAUGAAAAUUGACGACAUCCUCCAUCUCACGCCCAAAUUCUGGCAAUUACACAACGAUCCAAUCUCACUCCAAGACGGCGCUGCUCUUACUCUGCUCACUAUUCAAUACAACCUGGCCGCCGGCACCAUCGCCCGAUACGCCCAACACCGUCCAGAUCUCGUACCUCUCGUGGAGGACCUGUUGCAGUUCCGGAAACACGGACAAUACAUGCUGACGGAGGUCGGACAUGGCUUGGAUAUCGGCAACAUUGAAACGACGGCGACCUUGCUUCCAUCGGGCGACUUUUCUCUCACCUCGCCUACGCCCUCGGCGGCGAAAUUCAUGCCCCCUACUGUCCCCGCCGGGCUCCCCUGCAUUGCCGUCGUCUUCGCAAAACUCAUUGUCGACGGCGAAGACCGCGGACACAGGCCCUUCCUCGUUGCGCUCAACGACGGCAAGGAAAUGUGCACAGGCGUCCAAGCGAGGUGCGUCCCCUUUCGCGACGGAACGCACCCCGUCUACCACUCAAUCACGACCUUCACGGAUGUGCGACUUCCGCGCGCAGCGCUCCUCGGCACCCUCGAGAAACCUGGAAGCAUGCACGAAAAUCUCAUGGACAUCAUCAGCCGCGUCUCCGUAGGCUCCAUCGCGGUGGGCUGCUUCGCGCUUCCCAUUCUCCAGUGCGUCGCCACCAUCGGCACCCUCUACUCCCUCCGGCGCCACGUCGGGCCCUCCGCGGACCCCGCGAGGCGCGUCCCGAUCCUCUCCUUCCGCACGCAGCAGGCCCCGCUGCUCGCCGCGGUCACGAACGCGUACGUCGUCCAGGCGUUCCAGCGCUGGGCGAUCGAGCACUUCUGCGCGGCGAGCGACCCGCGGCUGCGCCGCGCCAUCGCGGUCGUCUUCAAGGUCUUCGCGGUGCUGCACGCGCAGGAGAGCGGGCUCGCGGUCUCGGACCGGUGCGGCGCGCAGGGCCUCUUCUCGCACAACGCGAUGGUCAUGAUGCACAGCGCGAUGCGGGGCAUCGCCAUCGCGGAAGGCGACAUCCUCGGCCUCUCCAUCCGGCUGACAACCGACAUCCUCCUCGGCCACGUCGUCUUCCCGCCCCCGUCCGACCCGACCCACCCCCUCGCCCGACACGAAGCGAGCGUCCUCGCCGCCCUCCGCGCGACGCUCGCUGCGCACGGCCCCACCGCCGCCGCUGCCCGCCUCCUCCCGCACUGCCAGCCCGCGGUCGAGGCGAUCGGGCACCGGCUCGCGCACGACGCCGCGGCGGGCGCGCCGGGCGGGCGCGCGCCGCUCGUCGACCUCUUCGUCGCGCAGUGCGUCGCGCGCGACGCGGCGUGGUACGCGGAGCACGCGGGGCUCCCGCGCGACGCGCAGCGCGCGCGCGCGGACGCGGCGCACGACGCGGCGCUGCCCCUGCUUGGGGAGCUCGUGGCGGAGAUGGACGUGGGGGAGUACGUGGGCGCGCCGAUCGUGAGCGACGCGCGGUGGGCGGCGUUCGUGGAGGGGAUGGUGGUGCACGAGGGCGAGGCGCGGGUGGAGCUGUUCGGGGAGGAGCGGGGCAUGGUUGCGGUUGAGGAGGAGCAGGUGAAGCCUCUGAGGGCUCACCUGUGA